GCAUCGGCCAAUAAAGAAGAGAGAGAGAGAGGUUAUUGGUUAUGUUUUGUUAAAAUUUUUAGACAUUGAGGUAAAAAUGGUCGAGGUAAACGGUGAAAGCCUUGAAAAAGUGAAAAAGGCGUUAAAUAGGACGGUUAUUGAUAAUUUUACUUAUUUAACGCAUCAACAAGAGGCAGUGCGUUUCAAAGGAAUCAUAAAUCUUCUCAGACAUUUGUCCGGAGAUGGGGAUUCUGUAAAAGACGAUGAAGUGAAAUAUGCAUGUGGAAGAAUAAUCAGAGGAUUAGGGGCCUCUACUAGUAAUGCAAGGACGGGGUUUUAUACGGCAUUAGUGGCACUUUUGAAUAUCAAAAAUGAAAUAACAGUGGAUGUUUUGUUUGAACACAUUCUGAAACACUUAAAUAAGUCGGGUAGUAAUAGUAAAUCAGAAAAUGCGGAUAUUUCUUCAGGACAAAUAUUGGCAUGUGGGGCCAUUAUCAGAUCAAAUCUUUGGGAAAGAAGUUCGUUCCAAGACAAAUUCAAAGUAUUUGAAUGUUUAAUGAAAUCCUCUAGGGAACGAUCGUAUCUAAAAAUACUUGCUUAUCAAUUUGCAAUAGCAGCACUAGACAAGGUUGAUGAAAGAGGCUUUCAGAAGAUACUGCCGAUUCUAGAAAAUGAAAUUGCCAAGCCCUGGUCUGAACAAAAUCUGGACACACUUUAUAUGCUUUACAGUAUCAAAAAUAAGUGUCCGAAUAUCAUAAAUGAAAUGUUUUUGAAAAAAGUCAUUGGUACCCAUGAAAUUAUUUGCCCAGAGAAUAUUGGAAAUCUGUGUUUAGUGUUGAUGUCUAUACUAAGAUUGGCAUCGAUGCAGCAUUUUGUUUAUGAACUUGUAGCAGAAGAAAUAGCUGACUCUGUUCUACUGUCUGAUUUCGUGGAAGAACUUGAUAAGCACUUAGAUUAUCCUAAUAGAAAUAAACAGCUGCUUGUAGCCCACAUUUUUACGUUGGUAUUGCAAAAGUUGAAAAACCCCUCAGUCAUACCCGUUUUCCUGACCAAAAAUUUCGUACAGCAAACUCUGAACUUUUAUAAGACUCUCAGAGGUAAAAAUCAGGACCCUGAAUUUCAACAAAUAAUGCAAAACUUCUUUGACCAGUUGCUCGCUUCAUUAAAAUGUGAUAAUGUCAAAUCUAAAACAAAAAUUACUGUUCUGAGGAAGCUCCUUCUCUCCCCUGGAACAUUUAUAUUUGAAAAAAUCACCAAAAGUAAGCUCAUUCAACUUGUCACCCUCAAUUUGAAUAAUAAAGGGGUAAAAAAAUUAGCAGAACUCUAUCGAGGAGUAAUUGAUGGUACUGAAAUCAUUGACAGUCAAUAUGGACAUGGUGAAGAUUGGCUAAAUAAUGAUAAACUGUAUGCAGCUCAUUUAUUGAUCAAACUUUUGAAUCAUACUGUCGUAAAAGAAGAAAAUGAUUGGAAAGUGGAACAACUCUCUUAUCUCAUGAAUUUAGGGUUGUUGAGAAACGAGAAUGGAACACAUAUAGGUUCUGAAUUAGCAGCCUCCUUGAAAACAGCAUUCUUCGGUUCCUUAGAUUUGAAGCUGACAAAACUGGAAGAUUUACAUGCCAUUCUGAUCCAACUUGUCCAACAUUUAGAUUCCAAACUAAGUACAGAAGACCUAGGAACUAUUUUGAGAAACCCUCUCACAGAAGAACAGCACAAUAUUUGGAAAGAAACAUUUCAAAUCAUAACAAAAAUAUUCAAUAAACUCCAAAAGAAGAAAAAAGUGGGCCUUAAAUCUGUGUUUCUUACUUUAUUUCUUCAUAUGGGUCUUCAGUUAUUCAAUGAACCUAAAUUAGCCACAGAUUCCCUCAACGAGCUAUUCAUUUGCUACCAAAAAACAAAAAAGAAUAGAGAUAUCUCCCAAAACUUUGACGAUACAGUUGAAGAUCAUUCUAAUGAUAACAGUGAUCUGUUGUGGAUAGAAGUGGUUAUUGAUUUGAUUUUGAAUCUGCUUUCUCACAACUCUCAUUUAUUAAGAAGCAUAAUCAAGACAGUUUUCCCUCAUUUGUGUCAAUAUAUGACGCCGUCAACAAUUCACCAACUACUUUCGGUCAUGGAUCCGAAGAACGAAGAUAAUCCAUUGUCAAAAGACACUGAGGAAAGUAGCAGUGAAGAAGAUGAUGACUCUGAAAAUGAAACAAAGGAAGAACAUUCUGAAGAAGACGAUGAUGAUGAUGACGACGACGACGAUGAAGAUGCUAAUGAUGAAACUGUCAAUGAUAAACUGCGCAUGGCUCUUCAUAAGGUGCUGAUAAGUAAUGGUUACAAAUCUGAUGAAGAAAGCAUUGACAUUGAUCAAAUGAGCGAAACUGAAGGUGAAAAGCUUGACAAAGCUUUAGCAGAUGCUUUCAGGCAGUUCAAACCCAACCACGGUAGACGUAAGAAGCAAACCAAAGAUGAGGAAACUUUAACUCACUUCAGAAUAAGGGUAUUAGACUUGGUUGAAAUUUAUGUAGAGUCUACUCCCUCCAUGCUCAUUUCACUUGAAAUAAUGCUGCCUCUUUUGCAAUCUGUAGAAUUCUGCAUAAGAGAUGAACAUCAGAAAGCUCUAAUGACAAGGUUGAAAUCAUGCUUGAAGAAACUGACAAAUUUGAAAAAGUUCAGUGAUACCGACGGGGUAAAUGAAACUGUUCUGCAUGACCUACUGAAAAGUUUGUUAGACAAGGGCAGUAAAACUGCUUGGAUUGUUCAAGAUAUGGGUUCACAGAUAGCAGAUUGUUGCCUUUUUAUCAUUCGUUGUUCAAAUAUUUUACUUUCUUCAGAAGGUACCCCUAAGAAGAUUAAGAAACGAUUGAAGUCUUCCAUACAGGAAACGAUAACAAAAGAAUUGGAAAUAUACAUGCAUCAAAGAGAUUGUUUCACUCCACUGAUACUCUUCAAAAAUAUUCUUCGGCAGUCCUGGGAUGGUUCCCUUGGGCUGGUGUCUUUACUUUUACAGUAUAUUUUUGAUAAGAAUAUCAAGCCCUUCAAGAAAAAUCAAGUGUUCGAACUACUGAAAUUAUUUUAUACAAAUCAAAGAUAUCUGAGUUCUAAUUCAGAUAAAGUAAUAGAAAUUCUGUCGGAAGAUCAUUCAACGUUUUCUGAAAAUGUUUUAAACUUGUUUAGAAAGCUCUCCGAGAACGCCGAAGCAGAGAAUACAAAAGAGAAAUUCGUUUGUAACUUGUUCGAUUUAUUAGCUACAAUAAAAUCCACUUGUUUGAAUGUUGAUAAUAUUCGGUGGCAAGAAAUUGCAGAAAAUGUAAGGGAAUAUAGAAGCACGGUAACUCUCUCCAAGGAUUCAAAAGCUUGUUUCAACAGGCUUUGCCAUCGUUUAGGUGUGUCUAAUGUUGUGAAGAUGAAGCCUAGAUCUAUCAGUUCGGCAAAAGUUGUCACAAGUGAUGCCGAUGAUAAUGAUGAAGAGAAAAACGUUGAAAAGAAGAAAAGAAAGUCUAAAAAUAAAGAAAAACUGAGAUUGAAGAAAGAGGCCAAGGAAUUGAGGCUGAAAAGUUUGUCUGAAGGAUUCGGAGGGGUAGACUUCAAAGCUGGGGCAGAAAUAGAUAUGGAAUCAGUAGACACCUAUGCUAUACCUUCGGAUGUUGUUUUAGAAUCCAGUAAAAAUCCGGAAAAUGGUAUAGAGGAAGAAAGUGACAGUAGUGAAAAGACAAGUAAUACUAAAAAAAGGAAAGUAGACAAAGAAGCAGAUGAUUUACCCAAUGGGCAGUACAAACAAAAAUCACAAAAGAAAAAGAAGCUAGAUAAAGAUGAUGGGAUUGGAGCCAAGAAAAAAGUUGUAAAAAUAAGUUAAUAAAAGUUAUAAAUGGCCA